CACUUUCUUCUCUGCACCAAUAUACCCUCCAAACUCCUCUUCGUCUCUCUCAAAACUUUUUCUCACCCUCCCUUCGUUUCUUUUCUCUUUUUCUAUUUCCAUAGUCCUCUCAGUGACAGCAGGAAAAAAAAGCAAAAAAAUCCAAAGAAUCUAUCUCUAUUAUUCCAUUCUACGUAUCAAUCAAAGAGAGAAAGAGAGAUAGAGGAGGGCUUCCACGUUUCAGUUAUGGUUUGGAGUGGAGAGACGAGAGGCAGCGGCGAUUCCCAGAGGCAUAGACAGAUAAAUAAAGGACGGGCGGAAUAGGGGAGGGAAGAAAGAGAGGGUGUGCGCUUUUCUGCGAGAGGGCAGGAGAUGAAGGGUUACAUCGCCGCGAGUUCGCCGCCGGCGAAGCGGCGAUGGAAGGGACACGCCGUGGCCGUCCUCGCCCUCGUCUUCUUCUCUCUCCUCGUCCCCCUCGCCUUCCUCCUCGGCCUCCACAACCGCUUCCCCUCUGGAUACUUGAGUGAUGAGCGCUCGUCUUCGGAAUCUGUCUUUGAGAAUUACGCCCGUGUGGAUGCUGGUCUGGAGCAGAGUCAGUCCGAGGUGGGUGAGUCGAGGGUUCAUGAUCUUAUUGAUAGAUUUAAACCAGCAAUUCCAAAGGAUGUUCCUGAAAACUUCACAAAGAAACCUCUGAUUGAAUCCAGUUAUGCUGGCAUGCAAUCCACUUCGCAUCCAAAGGAUGCUUUGCCCUACUCUAAACCCAAGAAUAUUACCCAUGGAGGUCCACCAAAAGAACAAGUAGUGGCACCAAAAGUACCUUCAUCUCUGAAUGCAAGAAAUGAUGGGGGAGAUCAAAAGGAAAUCCGUUCCAAAAGUGCAGCUGGUGAUGAGAUGGAGAGACCAUGUCAGCUUGAAUUUGGAAGCUACUGCAUUUGGUCCAUGGAACACAAAGAAACGAUGAAAGAUUCUAUAGUGAAAAGACUCAAAGAUCAGUUAUUUGUGGCUAGAGCUUAUUACCCAAGCAUUGCUAAGCUUCAGGGACAGGAGAAGUUGUCACGUGAAUUGAAACAGAAUAUUCAAGAACAUGAGCGCAUGCUUAGUGAAGCUAUUUUAGAUGCUGACCUUCCAUCAUUUGUUGGAAAGAAGAUACAGAAAAUGGAUCACACAAUUGCAAUAGCCAAAUCAUGUGCUGUAGACUGCAAUAAUGUUGACAAGAAACUUAGACAGAUACUUGAUCUGACCGAGGAUGAAGCUCAUUUCCAUAUGAAGCAGAGUUCUUUCCUGUACCACCUUGGUGUUCAGACCAUGCCCAGAAGUCUCCAUUGCUUGUCAAUGAGAUUGACAGUCGAAUAUUUCAAAACAUCAUUGCAGGAUAUAGAGCAAUUACAUGCUCAGAAGCUCAACAACCCAAGCUUUCGGCACUAUGUGCUCUUCUCAAGAAACGUACUUGCAGCAUCUGUUACCAUCAAUUCCGCUGUGAUGAAUGCUGAGAAAAGUGGACAGAUGAUUUUCCAUUUGGUCACUGAUGGGCAAAAUUUUUAUGCCAUGAAACACUGGUUUGCCAGAAAUUCUUACAAGGAGGCAACUGUUCGUGUCUUGAAUUUUGACAAUCUUAAGCUGAUCAACGUCUACAAUUUGGGCCCACGACAGCUAUCACCUUCUGAGGAAUUCCGUGUUUCCAUCCGCGACAUUGCUCAGUCAUCUCCUAUGCAGAUGAGAACUGAGUAUAUAUCCGUUUUUGGUCACUCACACUUUCUUGUACCUGAAAUAUUCAAAAGUCUGAAAAAGGUGAUUGUUUUGGAUGAUGAUGUCGUGGUUCAACAGGACUUGUCAUCCUUAUGGAACCUUGACUUGGAAGGCAAGGUGAAUGGUGCUGUUCAGUUCUGUGGAAUUAGAUUGGGUCAGUUGAAAACGUAUAUGAGAGGAUAUAACUAUAACGGAAAUUCUUGUGCCUGGAUGUCCGGACUGAACAUUAUAGAUUUGGAAAGGUGGAGAGACCGCAACAUUACUGGAAAUUACCUAGGCCUGCUCCAAAAGUUUCAAAACGGGAGUGAAGCAUCAUGGAGAGCUUCAGCACUGCCCAUAAGCUUGCUUGCAUUUCAAGAAUUGAUCUAUGCACUAGAUGAUACCUGGGUUCAGUCAAGACUGGGUCAUGAUUAUGGAGUUAGUGCAGAUGCCAUUAAGAAUGCUGCCGCAUUGCAUUAUAAUGGCAAUAUGAAACCAUGGCUAGAACUAGGUAUACCUAAAUACAAGAGCUACUGGAAGAAAUUUCUCACUAAAGAAGAGCGGUUUAUGGAUGAGUGCAAUGUAAAUCCAUAGCGGCACUUGUAUGAGGUGUAGGACUUCGGACUAUGCAAAUUCAAGACAAGGGGAUGAACACAAUUUUGUUGCUUCAGAGUUGAUGAAUGUCCCCAUUAUUAGGUUUGAAGAAGAUUCCUCUACAAGAAGAGCAGCUUGUCAGGUACUGAGAUGGUUGAGAUGUCAAGGCAAUAAAUGGGUGAAGCAGCAUUAUGGGUUGAUCAUGUCUGAUAAGAGCCAGAGGCGCUUCAGCAGAAAAAAUUUGGAUGUUAAUUUUGUGCUUCCUAAUGGCAGCAGGAGAGAUGUACAACGGACAGGUUAGGAGAGUUGAUUUUGCAAAGCGGUAUUGCAGGUAAGUCCAGGUAUUAGUUGAUUGCAUCAUUCAUUUGUGAUAUAGUUGGACAAUUAUUGAGAUGGCACAUCAAAUUGGAUUGCUGUCAUCAUACCUUGGAUGUAGAUUGAUUUUUUCCUCUAUUUUUUGACCCUUGUUGAUCAGUUUUCUGUCACAAUAAGGGUAUAGCUGGGAUCUCUCUAUUGGUGAUUCUUUAAUGUCAAGUACUGCAUAUGUAAUGGAAUAUGUUUUUCACAAGAUGUGCUGCUAGUUCAAGGACCAUGCAUGUCUAUUAAUUUUGAUGAGAAUUCUUAUCUCUCCACCCUACGGUGAAGUAAUGGUACGUGUUGCUCUA